AUGGUUGAAUCCAAGAAAGCAGACGCUAGCAAGACCGCGGAGCAACAACCGAAAGAGCAGCAGAAGAAAGAAGCAGCCGCAGACCUAUUGGAAGCUGAUGACCUGUUUGAAGAGUUUGGCAACGGAGAAUGGCACGGCGCUAAGGACGACGAGGGGGCUCCUCUCUGGGAGGCGGAUUGGGAGGAUGAGAAUGUCGCCGACGAUUUCACAGCUCGGCUGAAGGCGGAGCUGGAUACACGGGGAAUGAAGGAGUGAGAGACGGGGGGGGGGUGAGGCAAGGGGCCCAGGGGCGACAGAGGCGGGCAGCUCUGUUGACGAGUGGAGGUCGUGACCCAAAUCGAAUAUGGUAUGGAAUGAACGCCCCUGGUACCCAGAGGGGUACCCUGGUUCCCAGGGUGAGACAGCCAGGCCCCUUACAGGGGGUAGGGAACAGAGGCCGGCAGAUGGCACGGCAGCUAUGUUGGUGUAGCGGUGGAGAUUGACACGGCGAAUGCAGCUCUGCCGGUAUCCUCAUCUGCGGUAACAGACCGCGUGAAGAAAGUACACCAGGCCUGAGAGACGGGAGGGAGCGAGCGACCGGCGAUGGUGGUGGUGAUGAUGAUGGCGGUGAGCAACGGACAGCGCGGAGGUUGAAGGGGGGGGUAAGGUGAACCAUUGACGAAUG